AUGGAGCUUUUAACGCUCACUAGCAUGUUCGGCCUGAACUUCGUGAAGGGCAUGCUCCAGUUUCUCUUCUUCGUGCACUACGUCACGAUGAUCCAGACACCGUUCGAGCACGUCAUCAGUUACUACAGCCUGCUUCUCGACUUCACUCUCAUCGGGUUCUUCCUAGUCCUUGAUUUCGUUUUACACCAAGUAUGCGAGGAUGUCAAAAAAGUUCACAGACAAACGAAAUUGAUGGGGGAACUGCGCAACAGAUUUGAAGAAAACAAUAAUCGCUUGCUUGAGGAGAAAGAAAACCAACUGCAAUCGUUGAGCGCAAAGCUCGACCAAGCUGAAUCCAAGCUAGAGACCAAAAGAAGAGAUGUUUCUGAUCUAAGAAACGCAUUUGGGGAAUUGCUUGAUGAGCAAGGUGUGGUGGUUGCAGAAAACAAACGUCUACACGAGUGGUUGGAAUCGGAAGAUAUGUUUGUCGAGUUUGAUCACCUGCUUGGGGAGAAAGAGGACCAAUUGCGAUCCUUGAGAACAAGGAUCAACAACGCAGAAUUGGAGCGCGACGCCAAGGCGAAGGAUGCUAAUGUUGCAGAAGCCCAUGUUCUUGUUCUGAAGAAGUUGUUCGGACAGCUAUUUAACGAGCACAGUCUUGUCCUUGAGGAGAAUGAGAGUUUAAAGCAGCAGCUGCAGUCGUCAUCAAAAGCCAAACUGAAACAUGAUCAAUUGCUUGACGAAAACAAGAUUUUGAAAACAAAGCUCAUUAGCCUCAGCCAAGUAGAAUCCGAACUCGAGACCACAACCAAAAACCUGAAUGAUGCAGAAGCCGAUUUAAUGAAUUUAAGCAACGCAUUCGGAGAGUUACUUGACGUGCAAGGUGUUGCAGUCGAGGCAAACCAAAGUUUACAAAAGGAGCUACAAUCUUCGGACACAAAGCUCAAACAGCUACAACAUGAGCUUGAGACAAAGACAAGGGAGAUUUGCGCUGCAAAGGACCGCGCGAUCGUGCAAGAGAAACAAUCCGAAGAGGCUUUCGCUGAGUACGACCGUAUGCUUGCGGAUAAGGAGGAAGAACUGGAAUCGUUGAAAACAAAACUCGACCAACUGCAAUUUGAGCUUAAUGGUGCAGAAGACGAUGUUACUUUUAUGAGGAAUCUAUUUAGACGAUUACUUGAUGAUCAAGAUGAGGUACACGAGAAAAAUCGAACUUUAAAGAGCUGGUUGCAGGCAUCAUUCACAGCACUAAAAAACCUUGAAUAUGAAGUCGCAACAAAGACAGAGGAUCUUCGUUCUGCACACGAUAAAAUUAUGGCUGUGAACAACGAUUCACAUUAUUAUUUUCAAGAGUACGUUCGAUUACUCGAGGAGAACAAGAUCUUAGAAAGCAAAGCGAAGUGGGAGACUGCCAAGCACUCAGAAGGAUUGCAGAACUACUGA